AAUACGGCGAAAUUUGACAGGGCGCGGAGUUUGUAAACAACUUGAACUUUACUUGCUAGUAGCAUAUGAAAAGACGACGAAAGUGAUGGCUGUGGAGAUGCGUUUAUGUUAUGUUUAACCUAUAUAGGGGAUUUGAAGUUAGAUAUAGUGACGAGUUUCAUUUUCCAAAGUGCGUUAAACUUUGUACUCGCGCUACCUAGAAAUUUUGCUAACAUGCUAACGCAGUGGAAGGACAAAACUGCGCGGCCAAGAGGCGGCUAUAUGUGAGCAGCAGCAAGGCAUGCGAGUCGCGAGUCUCCUCGCGAAACAUCUACUUCGACUGGGACAACAGAAGCCAAGCAUCCAGCUGAGGUGUCGUUCUGCGGGGCAGAACUCAUUGACAACAUUAGACAUGAUGCGGAGAGGUCAGAUCAAGCGAGUCCUCUGCGUAGCCGAGAAGAAUGAUGCAGCUAAAGGCAUCUCCGAAAUCAUGUCCAAUGGCAGAUCUAUGAGGAGAGAAGGAAUGUCCAAGUUUAAUAAGAUCUAUGAGUUUGAAUGUCAUCUGUUUGGUCAGAAUGUGAUGGUAUCAAUGACAUCAGUUUCAGGCCAUUUACUGGCUCAUGAAUUCAAAGCUCCUUAUCAGAAGUGGCACAGCUGCAAUCCAGUGCUGUUGUUUGAUGCUGAAAUAGAGAAGUUUUGUCCAGAUGCUAUGAUACAAAUUAAGCACACACUGGAAAGGGAGGUGAGACAAUGCCAAGCCUUAAUUAUCUGGACUGACUGUGACAGAGAAGGGGAAAACAUUGGAUUUGAAAUCCUUGAUGUCUGUAAAGCAGUGAAGCCUAACUUGCAAGUGUUUCGGGCAAAGUUUUCUGAAAUCACCCCCAACUCCAUUCGGAGAGCAUGUGAGACUCUAUCUGAGCCAGAUGCUAACAUCAGCGAUGCCGUUGAUGUCCGCCAAGAGCUCGACCUGAGGAUAGGAGCAUCCUUCACCCGAUUCCAAACCCUUCGCCUACAGAAGAUCUUCCCGCAGUCUCUGGCCAAUCAGCUCAUCUCUUACGGCAGCUGCCAGUUUCCCACUUUGGGUUUUGUGGUGGAGCGUUUCAAAGCCAUCCAAGCGUUCAUUCCUGAAACUUUCUACAAGAUCAAGGUGCUGCAUGAGGUGGAGGAGGACACUGUAGAGUUUGGGUGGAAAAGAUACCGUCUCUUCAACCACACAGCAUGCUUAGUGCUCUACCAGAUCUGCAUGGAGGAUCCCAUGGCAACAGUCACCUCAGUAACCAGUAAGCCCAAGAGCAAAUGGAGACCGCUGCCUUUGGACACUGUGGAACUGGAAAAAUUGGCAUCUCGAAAACUGAGAAUAAGUGCUAAAGAAACAAUGAAAAUUGCAGAAAAACUUUACACACAAGGGUUCAUCAGCUACCCCCGCACAGAAACAAACAUUUUCCCAGAAUCCCUUGCUCUCAGCCCCUUGGUGGAACAACAGACACAGAGUCCCAACUGGGGGGCAUUCGCCCAGCGGGUGCUUGACCAGCCUGGGGGUCCCAACCCACGACAGGGCAAAAAUUCUGACCAAGCCCACCCCCCUAUACACCCCACUAAAUACACAAGCACACUGCAGGGAAAUGAAGAAUGUGUGUAUGAGUUCAUUGUCCGGCACUUCCUGGCUUGUGUGUCCCAAGAUGCCUUAGGGCAGGAGACUAUUGUGGAUAUAGACAUCGCGCAGGAGAAGUUUUCCACUUCAGGACUCAUGAUCAUUGCAAGGAAUUACCUAGAUGUUUAUCCUUAUGACAGGUGGAGUGCUAAGGUGAUUCCAGUGUAUGAACAAGGUUCCCAAUUCCAGCCCACUGCCAUUGAGAUGACUGACGGUCAGACAAGUCCACCACAGCUGCUCACUGAAGCCGACCUUAUCGCACUAAUGGAGAAACAUGGCAUUGGCACCGAUGCAACACAUGCUGAGCACAUCGAAACAAUAAAAAGUCGAAUGUACGUGGGUUUGACAGCUGACCAGAGGUUUCUCCCUGGGGAGCUUGGCAUGGGACUAGUGGAAGGUUACAAUGCCAUGGGCUUUGAAAUGUCAAAACCCCACCUACGGGCUGAAUUAGAGGCAGACCUCAAGCUGGUAUCAGAGGGAAGGAAGGACAAACAUAGUGUGUUGCAGCACCACAUCCAGAAAUACAAGGCUGUCUUCAUUGAGUCAGUUAAGAAGGCAAAGAAGUUAGAUGAAGCUCUGUCGCCAUAUUUGGGCGCUGCUCAGGAGAUGACUGAAACUGAGCAACAAGACAUGGAGAUACCACUGCCUGUCAGGAAGUGUCCCCACUGUGGACGGGACAUGGUGCUGAAAAAAAAAAGGGAAGGCAACAGUAAGUUCCUGUCCUGUGUGGGCUUCCCAGCCUGCAAAACAGCUGUAUGGUUUCCUGACACGGUGCUGGAGGUCAGCCGAGAUGACAGUAUUUGUUCCACUUGCCAGCCACGCCCAGUUCACAUGUUAAAGUUGAAGUUCCGUAGGGGUAGCCUUCCCGCCAUGAUGCCUUUAGAUUUUAUAGGCUGCAUUGGUGGAUGUGACGACACACUCCGAGAAGUCCUGGACCUUAGAUAUCUCUAUAGAGGUGGAGGGGGAGGAGGAGACGGCACCCAUCCAAAUGCCCAAAGACCAGAACUGUCCCGAGCGCAGAGUUCAAACCCGAGGACUUGCGCUCCACCUCCUGCCCUCUCUUGGACGCCACAGCCUCGUCCACCACCAGGGAGCAAUAGUAUCAGCGCCCUUAACAACAGUGAUGUUGUUGUGUGUAACUGUGGUCAAGAUGCAAUCCUGCUGACUGUGCGCAAAGAAGGCCCCAAUAAAGGACGUCAGUUCUACAAGUGCAAUUCAGGGACUUGCAAUUUCUUUCUGUGGGCGGAUCAGCCGAGCCAGCAGGUGGCACCGCAGAAUCACUGGCCACCUCCGCCACCUCCGCCAGGAAUCUCCCACCCUCCGCUGCAAUCUCUGGGGUUCAGAAACGCUGCCGAAGGAGGUGGCAAUGGGCCUGAGAGAGGUGCCGGAGGUUCAAUGUGUGACUGUAACGAGGCCACCGUGAUGCGUGUUGUGCAGAAGGAGGGGCCCAAUAGGGGAAGGAUGUUUCACACCUGUGGGAAACCGAGAGAUAAGCAGUGCAACUUCUUUCAGUGGGCUGAUGAAAAUGUCUCACCACAAGGUGGCUUCGGAAGCAGUGGUUUCAAUAACAGCAGAGGAGGCGGGAAAAGGGACAAGACAAGAAUGGCGGAGAAACCAUCCGCUGCCAAAAAACCUCGUUCCUGCGGUAUUUGCCACAUGCCAGGACACACGCGGCUAAAAUGUCCUCAGCGGUGACUGCAGCAUUCAAAGGUUUAGCACUCUGGGACUGGACUGUUUGUUUUUUACACACAAUGCAGCACCUGUACAAGAACACUCAUGUGCUAUGUGACUUUGCAUUCGAUAAGUAUGCCAAGACAGCGGGGUUAAGUGAAUUCUAGGUGUUGCUCAUUUCCCAAUUCCCUCAAAACUUUUACUAAACAUAAAAUUGUUGGUGUUCAGCGUGCCGAGAAGGGAUGAAAUGCAUCUUCUAGCAUGUUGCUGCAGUAGCUGGAAUUUUCAGGAUAGGUAACAACUGCCCUUUUCUUGAAACAUGAAUUCAUUUUAUUUUUUAUAUUGAUAUUCGUAAUAUUUAAAUCAUUUAUUUGAUAUUCUGCAUGAAGUCUGGCUUGAGAGCUGUCACUCAUUUUCUAUAUCAAAAUUGAUUCCAUGUAAUGAAUGACUGAUAAUAAAUAUGAUAAUUUUUCCACAUUCCAUUGUCGCGGGUAUCUUAGUGUGAUUUAGUUCUGCGCUUAUCCUUCUGAUUCAUCUUAAGUUUCGGUUACUUGCAGACUCAUUUGUCUUUAACCACAAGAUCAAAUUGAGCCAGCUAAUCCCAUGGAAAUACCAAGUUCAGAAGAAAACAUUUUUCAGUGUUGCAACUAGGGUUGUCCUGAUCACAUAUUUUUGCACCAGUCUUAGUCACCUGAUUUUGAAAAUCUGCCGAUACAGAGUCGCUAUCCGAUACCAGGGGGGAAAAAAACGUUUUUUUAAAUUCAACAAAAGUUCCUAACAUGUUACAGUACUGUUUAUUUAAAUCAUUAUCAUUUUACACAAAUCUCCAAAAAUGGUCCGGACAAAAGUAUUUGCACCCUUUGAAAAAUCAUGUGAUGCUUCUCUAAUUUGUGUAAUUAUCAGAACCUGUUACUUACCCGUGUCAUGUAACAGGUGGUGGCAAUAACUAAAUCACACUUGCAGCCAUUUAAAAUGGAUUAAAGUUGACUCAACCUCUGUCCUUUGUCCUUGUGUGUACCACAUUGAGCAUGGAGAAAAGAAAGAAUACCAAAGAAUUGUUUGAGGACUUGAGAAGCAAAAUUGUGAGGAAGCAUGGGCAAUCUCAAGUCCAUCUCCAAAGACCUGAAUGUUCCUGUGUCUACCGUGAGCAGUGUCAUCAAUAAGUGUAAAGCCCAUGGCACUGUGGCUAACCUCCCUAGAUGUGGACGGAAAAGAAAAAUUGACGAGAGAUUUCAACAAAAGAUUGUGCGGAUGGUGGAUAAAGAACCUCGACUAACAUCCAAACAAGUUCAAGCUGUCCUGCAGUCCGAGGGUACAGGUUUCUUGUGGACCAUCUUCAGAAGAGGCUUCCUCCUGGGGUGACAGCCAUGCACACGAAUUUGAUGUAGAGUGCAGCAUACGGUCUGAGCACUGACAGGCUGACCCCCCACCUCUUCAAUCUCUACAGCAAUGCUGACAGCACUCCUGUAACGAGUCAUGUGACAUUUUGGAGGGAAAAUGACAAGCAGUACUCAAUUUGGACAUUUAGGGAUGUACGUAGUUUCUAAGGGGUGUACUCACUUUUAUUGCCAGGGGUUUCGAUAUUAAUGUCUAUAUUUUGAGUUAUUUUGAGGGGAAAAUAAAUCUAUU